CCAGGACCCAGGCCACCGCCAUGCUCUUCCGCUUCGGCGUGGUGGUGCCGCCCGCGGUAGCCGGUGCUCGGCAGGAGCUGCUGCUCGCGGGAUCGCGGCCCGAGCUGGGGCGCUGGGAGCCGCGCGGCGCCGUGCGUCUCAGGCCCGCGGGUACCGCGGCGGGCGCGGCCGCGCUGGCGCUGCAGGAGCCCGGCCUGUGGCUCGCCGAGGUGGAGCUGACGGAGGACGAGGAGGCGGCCGGCGGGGCGGAGCCGGGCCGCGUAGACACGUUCUGGUACAAGUUCCUGCAGCGCGAGCCGGGAGGCGAGCUGCACUGGGAAGGGAAUGGACCUCACCACGACCGUUGCUGCACAUACAAUGAGAACAACUUGGUGGAUGGUGUUUAUUGUCUCCCAGUAGGACACUGGAUUGAGGACACUGGGCACACCAAUGAAAUGAAGCACACGACAGACUUCUAUUUUAAUAUUGCAGGCCACCAAGCCAUGCAUUAUUCAAGAAUUCUACCAAAUAUCUGGCUGGGCAGCUGCCCUCGCCAACUAGAACAUGUGACCAUCAAAUUGAAGCAUGAACUGGGAAUUACAGCUGUCAUGAAUUUCCAGACCGAAUGGGAUAUCAUCCAGAAUUCUUCAGGCUGCAACCGCUACCCGGAACCCAUGACUCCAGACACUAUGAUGAAGCUGUAUAAGGAAGAAGGCUUGGCCUACAUCUGGAUGCCCACUCCAGACAUGAGCACUGAGGGCCGCGUGCAGAUGCUGCCACAGGCUGUGUGUCUCUUGCACGCGCUUCUGGAGAACGGUCACACUGUGUACGUCCACUGCAAUGCUGGGGUGGGCCGCUCCACAGCUGCAGUGUGCGGCUGGCUGCACUACGUGAUUGGCUGGAGUCUGCGCAAGGUGCAGUACUUCAUCAUGGCCAAGAGGCCUGCGGUCUACAUUGAUGAAGAAGCUUUGGCUCAAGCACAGCAAGACUUUUUUCAGAAGUUUGGGAAGGUUCACUCUUCCAUAUGUACUUUGUAGGUGACCAGCCAGGGAUGUGGUUAGUAGAAGACCUGGAGACAAAG